GUGUGGGUGCCAGUGAUGGCGGCGGCGGCCCAGGCGGAGGCGGGCGGUGUGCGGUCGGUCACGGCCGGGGCCGCGGGCUCCGCGAUGGGCGACGUGGAGCCCGCCCCCCCCCCGAGCCGGCGGCGCAUGGCCCAGGAGGCGCGGUCGCUGCUGCGCUGCCGGCGGGCAGGGAUUCCAGCUCCAGUGGUGUACUUCGUGGAUUAUGUCACCAACUCCAUCUUUCUUGAAGAUAUUGUAGACUCAAUUACUGUUCAGGAUCAUAUUUAUUCUGUACAAAAGAGUGGAGAUGAUACCAGUGGCCUCCAGAAGUUAGCAGAGAAGAUGGGUGAGCUGUUAGCAAGGAUGCACGAUGAGGAUAUUAUCCAUGGGGAUCUGACAACUGCCAAUCUCCUCCUGCGGCCACCCACAGAGAAGCUGGACUUGGUGUUGAUAGACUUUGGACUCAGUUUUAUUUCUGGUCUUCCAGAGGAUAAAGGAGUUGAUUUGUAUGUUCUGGAAAAAGCCUUCAUUAGCACUCAUCCAGAUACUGAAACGAUGUUCCAAGCUCUGCUAAAGACCUAUGCAGCCACAUCUAAAAAAUCUGGUCCUGUGAUCAAAAAGCUGGAUGAGGUUCGGCUAAGGGGAAGGAAGAGAUCCAUGAUUGGGUAGAAGAGAGUGGGGUUAGGGAUGGAGAAAUAAGAGGUUUUGCAAAUAGGGUUAUUUAUAUUUCUAGAUGGUUUUAUUUCACAGAUCGCUAUUUUGAUAACUGUGUCUUCAAAUAAAUAAACAUGAAAGGGUUUUAAGUGUCAUCAAGUAACUGAAGUAAUUGUGAGAUUGGGACACAGGCAAGAGAGAAACAAUUAGAGGUCACUUCUGUCUUAAAUAUUUCUAAUACAAAGUAGUUUACAGUGUCAUUCUGUUCAUCUUUGUGUGGUUAGAAUCAUUCAGAGCAAUCUCUCUUGGCCUGUAGACCAUAAAUUUGUGGGAGGUUCUUACUUCAGAGACUACAAAACAGCAUCUACAAAAGGUAACUGGAAAACACAAGUGUGUUGUUUUUCCACAAGACUUUACAACAAAGGGUUUAAAUCUGUUAUAAAUGACUCAACACAUCCUGAAGAUGAAUGAACUGAACUCUGGAACAUGGGCAAUGCUGAAAUACCACACUAUACAUAAAACAGUUUUAUUUUCUUCCACUAGUAAAUAUUGGC